CCACCAACAACCACAGCACAAGGUGAUGUUUGCUCAUCAACCUCCGCCAGCAUCUAUUACGAGCAACAUUGUAUCUGCCGACGCAGAAGCACCUCUACCAGGAUCCGCACUCAACGAGCUCGCACGGUUUUCGCUACAACGGCAGCGGGAGUUAUUACCUAUCUUCAGACAUAGAAAGUCGUUGCUCUACCUGGUUGAGACGAAGCCCGUGACCAUCGUCGUUGGACAUACGGGAUCUGGAAAGACUACACAGCUACCUCAAUAUCUCCACGAAGCUGGAUGGACGCAAGAUGGGAAGAUCAUUGCAUGUACACAGCCACGGCGCGUAGCAGCGACUACAGUCGCAACCCGUGUAGCGGAAGAAGUGGGCUGUACUCUCGGUCAAGAGGUCGGAUACUCUAUCCGCUUCGAAGACGUUACGAGCGACAAAACACGGAUUAAAUAUAUGACGGACGGAAUGCUGCUGCGUGAGGCUCUGGUUGAUCCGCUGUUGACGCGGUACAGGGUGAUUAUGCUGGAUGAAGCGCAUGAGCGGACGGUGUAUACCGAUAUCCUGCUUGGUGUUUUGAAGAAGAUUCGCAAACGCCGGAAAGACCUGCGACUGGUGAUCUCGAGUGCGACACUUGAUGCAGAAGAAUUCAAGGCAUACUUUGAGAAGGACAAGAAUGCUGCGGAGGAGGAAGUAUCGGGUAUCAUCUCACUAGAGGGAAAGAUGUUCCCGGUGGACGUCAUGUAUCUGGAAGAGCCUACCGAGAAUUACGUGGAGAAGGCGAUUGAGACUGUGUUUGAGAUCACUGCGAGGGAACGAAGCGGUGAUAUCCUACUCUUCCUUACUGGUCGCGACGAGAUCGAAAGGACUGCAGAACUCAUCGCUGAACGCGCAACAAACCUACCUCCGAACAGGGAACAGCUUCUCGUCCUUCCACUUUAUGCAGGCCUCCCCACGGAUCGACAGCUAGCUGUAUUUGAGCCUACACCGGAGGGCGUCAGGAAAGUCAUUGUUAGUACUAACAUUGCAGAAGCGAGUGUUACCAUUGAUGGGAUCGCAUUUGUGAUUGACUGUGGAUUCGUCAAGUUGCGAGCGUAUAACCCACUCACGGGAAUGGAAUCCCUCACCGUGGCUUCCAUCAGCAAAGCAUCCGCUGCGCAGCGUGCUGGUCGGGCUGGUCGAACCAAGCCCGGCAAGUGUUUCAGACUGUAUACACAAGCAGCUUAUGACACCCUCGCUCCCACCAGUGUUCCGGAGAUUCAGCGGAGUGAUCUCGCGCCCGUUAUACUGCAGCUCAAAGCACUGGGUAUCGAUAAUGUAGCACGUUUCGAUUUCAUGACACCUCCGCCGGCUGAGAUGAUGGUGCGAGCGCUGGAAUUGCUGUAUUCACUCGGUACAUUGGAUGAUUAUGGCAAGUUGACACAGCCGUUGGGUUUGCAGAUGGCGGAGUUCCCAGUUGAGCCCAUGAUGGCAAGAAUUUUGUUGAGUUCGAACGAUUUCGGAUGUGGUGAGCAGAUUUUGACCAUUGCAGCCAUGACGAGCGUGCAGAAUGUGUUUGUCACCCCGGAGGGCGAGAAGAAGGUUGCGGAGAGUGCGAAGAGAAAGUUUACGGUAGAAGAAGGAGACCACAUGACCCUACUUAAUGUGUAUCACUCUUAUACCUCACAACCCCGUGAGCGGGCCGUCAAAUGGUGCCAUCAGCACUUCCUCAACCACAAAGCACUGAUAAAAGCCGUCAGCAUCCGCGCACAACUACGACGCUACAUGGAGCGCUUCAACAUUCCCAUCCGUUCUGCGAGCCCAGAAACAGCAGUUCACGAUAUCCGUCGCUGCCUCGUGAGCGGGUAUUUUGCCCACGCUGCUCGCAUGCAACCUGACGGGACGUACAAGAUGAUUAAAGGAGGAGAAACAUUAUGGGCUCAUCCUACCUCGGUGAUGUUUAACCGGAAGGCUGAUUGGAUUGUGUUUUAUGAGAUUGUGGAGACGGAUAAAAAGAUCUUUAUUAGGGAUAUUACGAAGAUUGAGAAGGAGUGGUUGGCGGAGUUGGCACCGCAUUAUUAUGAGGUGAAGGGGAAGAAGACAUUAGAAUAUAUGUAG